AGUCAGUAGUAACGACGAACUUACUCAUCUACCAACCUUUCCUUGCGUCUCCUUUCUUCACAGUCUUCCAUCCUUAUCUUCAUUCACUUACUGCGCUGGGGAAACAUUUCACAAACCAACAUGUCAACAUGUCAACAUUUCAUUGAUAAUAGAAUAACCAAGAUAGUGACAACUCCAGGAUUUAGUAGUCCCGCUCUGAGAUUUAACAUGCCAUUAAACCUGUUGGUGUCUUUCGACUUGCGUACUACAGCACAGAGUAGGUAGCAUCGUCCAGGAUAUUCUUGAUUAUCAACUCUCGAUAAAGUUCCAACUGUCUCUUUUAGUGCCGGGAGAAUGUGCCAGGAAAGUGAGAAAUAUGCGGUGGAGGUGAAGGAAGGGUACGCGGACAGUGGGGAUGGGAAUUGGGUAGAUCUGGAAUACAGCGAAUGUCGACGGAGAAUUGUGUCUCGAAGUGCGUGGAACACAACCGGCUGGAACACAAGACGGCAUGAGUCUUUAUUUAUAGAUUGGAGAUGAGACUUGAAGGUAGUAAAUCCUAAGAUGGGAAGUUUUAAUGUGAUAUGUGAUAUGUGAUAUGUGAUAUGUGAUAUAACCUUACAGAGUAUAUGUGUGAUUAUGAAUAAAUUGUAGAUGAUUGAUGCAAUGAAGUUUCCUCAUACAUGACGAGCUCAGGUUG